AUGAACGGUAAAUACGCCAAUGACCCAGUAUGGGCCUCUGUGACACCAAUCCCUCUGAAUGAGGGUGAAGACGUCGAUGCCAUGCCCUUGGCAUCCAUUGCCUACCCUACCGAGUACCUCGAGGCAACAUCUUACCUGCGGGCCGUGAUGGCCGCGAACGAGAUGUCCGAUCGGGCAUUGGAAUUGACUAAGGAUGUUAUUUCGAUGAAUCCCGCGCAUUACACUGUUUGGCUCUACCGCUGCAAAAUUAUCUUCGCGCUGGAUAAGAGCAUCGAAGAAGAAGUUGCAUGGCUGAACCUAGUAGCUCUGAAGUACUUGAAAAACUAUCAAAUCUGGCACCAUCGCCAAGUACUCAUGUCUUCCCGCCAACAUUUCCCCACUCUCCCGCCAAAGGAACUAGACUUCCUAAUGGAAAUGCUCGCCCAAGACAGUAAAAACUAUCACGUAUGGACUUACCGCCACUGGCUCGUCCGCCACUUCAAGCUAUGGGACCACCCACGCGAAAUUGAAGACAUCAAUGUCCUUCUCAAAGCCGAUGUGCGCAACAACUCUGCUUGGAACCACCGGUACACAUUACGAUUUGGACCUCGUAGCGAUGACGAGCAUGACGCCGGGAUGGCGAAUGCGGGUGUUAUGUCGAUUACGCCGGCUCAGAAGGGCGUUUUGGCUGUUGUUGAUGAGGAUAUGGUUGAUGGGGAGUUGUUGUAUGCGCAGCAGGCUAUUGUGCGAGCGCCGGAGAAUCGGAGUCCGUGGUGGUAUGCUAGGGGUGUUUUGUUUGCGUCGGGGAGGAAGCUGGAGGAGUGGGAAGAUUUUGCUAAGAAAUUUAUUGUUGGGGAUGUUGUCAAGAGUUCUCAUGCUUUGGAGUGGUUGGCGGAUGUUUAUGCUGCUGAUGGGGAGAGAAAGGGAGGGGCUGUUGAGAUGUUGGAUUUGUUGAUGAAGUAUGAUCCUAUUCGGAAGAAUUAUUGGGACUAUAGGGUUAAGAUGUUAGAUGUUACUGUUUGA